CGUUUCCAACACAUCCGUACUUCUCAGCACAGCUGGGAGCUGGGCAGCUGUCACUCUACAAUAUUUUGAAGGCCUAUUCCCUUCUGGACCAGGAAGUAGGAUAUUGCCAGGGCCUUAGUUUUGUAGCAGGAGUUUUACUACUUCAUAUGAGUGAAGAAGAUGCUUUCAAAAUGUUAAAGUUUCUCAUGUUUGACAUGGGCCUGAGAAAGCAAUAUCGUCCUGACAUGACAAUUUUGCAGAUCCAGAUGUAUCAACUGUCUCGACUUCUUCAUGACUACCAUCGAGAUCUCUAUAACCACCUCGAGGAACAUGAGAUUGGCCCCAGCCUCUAUGCUGCUCCCUGGUUUCUCACCAUGUUUGCCUCCCAGUUUCCCCUUGGAUUUGUAGCCAGGGUGUUUGAUAUGCUCUUUCUUCAAGGAUUGGAGGCUACCUUUAAGGUGGCUUUAAGCCUUUUGGGAAGCCACAAGCCCUUGAUUCUACAGCAUGAGAACCUGGAAACUAUUGUUGAUUUUAUUAAAAGCACUCUUCCCAACUUGGGGUUGGUACAGAUGGAAAAGACCAUUAGUCAGGUGUUUGAAAUGGAUAUUGCCAAGCAGUUGCAAGCUUAUGAAGUUGAAUACCAUGUGCUUCAGGAUGAGCUUAUAGAUUCAUCUUUAAAUGACAAUCAGAGACUGGAUAAAUUAGAAAAGGCAAACAGUAGCUUGCGCAAACAAAACUUUGAUCUCCUGGAGGAACUGCAGGUGGCUAAUGGAAAGAUCCAAAACCUUGAAGCCACAGUAGAGCUUUUAUUGACCAAUGAAGGUAAAUUGAAGCAGUCCAUCCUCACCCUUGAGCAGGAGCGAGCAGCAUUGCUGAAAGCAGUGGAAGAGAUGCGGAAAAAGAUCGGUGAUACGGAUGGGAAGCCUCUACUUACUAGACAAGAACACAUGGAUGCUGACUGACGUCCACAGUUGUAAUGGAGUGGAGAAGCUGAGCAAGACACAAGGGAAAGAACUGGGUCCUUUUGUCAUGUUCCAUGAGGAUGUGACACUGUCACCUUCAUUGUACGUGUCUUACUGGGCAAGAUCUGGGCAUGGUGGCUUCCCGUAUUAGAGAAGCUGGGUUCU